UUGGGAUAAGAAGAUAUUUGUCCCUAGAAGCUUCUCUCUGCUUUGGUUCUCCACUUAGUGCUAGUGAUGAUGUUGUCUCAUGAUAUGGUCUUCAGUUAAAUGCCAGUAUGAUGCAGUGGGGCUUGUUAAAUCUGUCACAACGCUCAGCGGGUUGCUCUUAUGCUUACUGUAUUGUCAUUAGAAACUGAAAGCGACAGCCUGUUCUCUGCUGGCUUAAUAUCUGUAAAGGCUGAGGUCACAGACUCUGUCUCAGGCUUGUGUUCUCCUCUCAGACACGCUCAGAAGGUUAAAGUAACCACUUUACUUGUCUUGACCCCAGGAGAUUGGUCAGAAACUUGGCUCAACCAUGUGACUUCUCCAUUUGACAAAGCCUCAGUUAUGUAACUGUGCCAUCAAAGGUUUGCCAGCAGCAGCAGCAGUCUAAAUCGCCCUCACAUCACCCACAGCCUCGACAGAAGCAGCGACCAUGGGCAAACAGAACAGCAAGCUCCGUCCCGACGUCAUGCAGGACCUGGUGGAGAACACAGACUUCACCGAGCAUGAGAUCACCGAGUGGUACAAGGGCUUCUUGCGGGACUGCCCCAGCGGCGCGCUCUCCAUGGAGGAAUUCAAGAAGAUCUACGCCAACUUCUUCCCUUACGGAGAUGCUUCAAAGUUUGCCGAGCAUGUCUUCCGUACGUUUGACGCCAACGGAGAUGGGACUAUAGACUUCAGGGAGUUCAUCAUUGCCCUGAGUGUGACUUCACGUGGCCGACUCGACCAGAAGCUGAAGUGGGCAUUCAGUAUGUACGACCUGGAUGGGAAUGGAUACAUUAGCAAGGCAGAGAUGCUGGAGAUUGUAACGGCUAUUUACAAGAUGGUUUCCUCUGUGAUGAAGAUGCCUGAAGAUGAGUCCACCCCUGAGAAACGCACAGACAAGAUUUUCAGGCAGAUGGACACAAAUAGAGAUGGUAAACUGUCCCUUGAGGAGUUUGUCGAAGGAGCGAAGAACGAUCCCUCUAUUGUUCGGCUGCUUCAGUGUGAUCCCAGCAGUGCUGGGCAGUAGAAAACUGGACUUUUCCCAUCGCAGUUUGAUUAAUUUAACAAUUUUUCAUAAUCUCUCUUCUGGUCCACCUGAGAUUGUUGACAUUUGAUUGCUUGAGCUAUAGAGGCACAUGCACAUAUACACACACGCAUGUGCACACGCACACACACAUAACCAACAAGCAACUGUAUGUACUAAAAAUACCAAAGCCUGGUGCAUAAAAAGUCUUUCAAAUACUCACACGCACACACUGUACAUUUGCCUCUAUGGCUGGUCAAAAGCUACAGACAACAUGGAUCUCAAAUAUGGUACAAAUAUAACCCAAAGGACUGAAAUCCCAUCAAAGACUUGUUAAACACUGAAUGAAAGCUGUGCUAUCUCUGUCUGAGAAGAUGGCCAGCAAGGAUAAUCCAACAGAUUCGUGACGUACGUCAAGCCGAAUCCAAGUUCACUGUUUGUUUUUAUUCUUUUAUUUGUUGUUUUUGAAAGCAUCGUUCCUUAUUUACAGGGAAUCAUGCCCAUUUCAUUCUCUUUUAACUGACUCGGGUUGCUGUGUGAUGAUGGACAGAUCUUAAAAGUAUUGCAGUCUAACUCCAUGUUAACACUGGAUAAAAUGAAGUAUGUGAGUCUGGGACUACAAGUGUUCACAGCUUUCAGUAUGGUAGACAGGAGAUCUGGGAAAUUUAGUUUUAGAAAAGAUGCAAGAUGACUUCUUUUAAAUUUAUAUUUUGGAGGAAUGUUACAUCAAACCAAAACUGACACAGUUUUUUUUCAAAUGAAGGGGAAUAUUUUGACUUCAACCAUCUGUUCUUUUGAAACUGACUUUUUAUACCAAGUUCUGUGUCCCCAUACACACACACACACACACACACACACACACACACACAUACACACAUAUUGACAUGAGUACAUGAACUUGACAUGCAUGUAAACUGAGCUGUGAUACUUUUUCUUCAACUAUGAUUCAUCAAGUGUAUCAGCAAAAAAAAAGUUAGAUGUUAUGUGGAUAUAUAGUAUGUACUUAUAUAUUCUUUUACUCUGUGAUAACAUUGCAGCGAUUUGCUGCAAUGGAAGAAAUUCACUUUAAAAUUUUGACGUAUAAAUUAUUUGGAAUGUGAUGAUUUAUGACAUUUUCUUUACUUGACAAAUACGUUAUGGAAGUUGUACAGCAUACAGUAUAUUCGCUCAUAUUUAUGAUAGAGAGGUUUAAAAGGAGAGGACCACACAUAUUGCUAUCCAUUCAGCAUAUCCAUUGUUAUAAUGAGAGACAAAAUAGCUACAGAGGUCAGUUUGAUCCUCAAACCAUUUAUGCGUCAUGAACGUGCAACAGGAACAUUUGCAAAUGUCAAGCAAAUGUAACUUUACAUCUCUUGAACCUGCACGCGUUUUUCCUUAUCUGAAGUCGUUUCAAACACAGCUGUAAUAGUAAGACAAGUUGAGUGCUACUGUGACAAUGGAGAUUACCGUUAUAUGACUAUGACACUGUAGCAGACACUUAUAUAAGCAAACAAAGCAAAGACAUGGGUAGCAGCAUCCACCAAGCCCCACUGUGUUUUUGCAAGAUGUACUGAUAAUUCUUUACUGCUUCCAUUCUGCUUAAUUUACACGUGAAAACCUGCUGUUCUGAAAACACCAUGAGAUACAGUAGUCUUCACAGUCAGAUGAAUGAUGGCUUUGGUGGAACAAAGCAGUUGUGAUAAAUUCUCUGGGAUUCUGCACAUUUCAAGUAGGUGAUCAGGUACUUCAGUCCCACAUUUUAUUUCAAUAGCAUCUUGUGGUCAAGUGCCAAAUAUAGAUGAAUUAAAGAAAGGAAAAAAAAACAGUAUUGUAUCCAUUUAUACUGUACAGUUGUUACCUGUCGAACAAAAAAGAACUUUGUCACUGUAUCAUUUUGUAGAUUUUAUAUUGUUAACUUGCAUUGUGUGUUAUGUGUAGGAUGUCCAUUUUGUUAUUCAAAUAAAGACAAAAUGGGAAUGG